CCGUAUAACUGUACAUAUAUGCAUUAUUUUGUUGAGUGACAGCUGUAAAGUAAACGAUGAGCAGAGGAGGCGGACCUUCCUUCCUCCUGAAGAUGUCAUAAAGGAUGCAUGAAAUUCCCUUUGCCAUAAGUAUGAGUAAUAAAAAAUCUGAGCCAGAAUAGUGAAUAGGAAUUGGCGCAAAUAAUUUGAGAAUUUUAUAGAUACAUUAUACGUAUACAAUUAUACAUACAAACAUGUGUCCUGCACUUUUGGAAAACGAAGAGCGAUGCUUGGGAGGCAUGACUUUCUUCGCACAAAGUCAUCCAGUGGAAGUAUGCGGCAGCAAUGGUCUGCCUCUCACGCCAAACUCAAUAACUAUUUAUGGAAAGUCACAAUUUUUAAAGACCAUUUAUCAUUCUCAUCUCUCCCCUUAUCUUGAUAUAAUUAGAAGCAAGCAUGAAAGAAUAGUGGUCGUCGCAGAAUAUAGCGGAGAUCCAUUAAGCACUAAACAUGAUCUAAGUACAGAAGAGAUUAUUAAGAUAUCCUUUCAAUGUCUUUUGGCAUUAAAACAUAUGAAUGAACUAGAUCUGGUACAUAGACAUUUAAGUCCUGAUAAUAUUCUGAUUAAGAAAAAUGGUGAUGUACAGCUAUACAAUUAUGGAUUAUAUUACAUGACAGAUGGUGGGAAAAAUGUAUCCUUUCCAAUUGGUUCACCAAAGUAUACGGCACCAGAAGUAUUCUUAAAUCCUAGUCCAAGUGGUGUUAAGGUAGAUUCAUGGUCAUUGGGAAUGAUUAUAGCGGAACAGUUAUUAGGACAAUCUAUUUGGUCCAGUGUAAAAUUGUCUCAAUGUUUAAGAAAAGUUCUGAGCUUAAUAUUAUGUGAUACCAGUAUAUUUGAACGUCUUGCCAGAGAAAAUAAUUGUUUCCACAUUUAUGAAAAGCUAUCAAAAGAAUUAAAGGAAUUUGUAAAUUCAUGUCUACAAAUUCAUCCUGUUAAACGUAAAACUCCAGAAGAAUUACUGGAAUUACCUAUAUUCGCAGAGUAUUUAAUGAAAAAUGCACAGGAAAAGGAAGAAAAUCUCUAUAAAAAUGUUAUUGUUAGAAAAAUGGACGAACUGUAUUAUUUGUGGCAGUUGGCUGGUGGAGACAUAACUGUGGAUUUAAAAAAACAAGGUCUCAUUAGAUCAAGACCACCUAUUUUAUCUAUCCCAAACUUAGUCAUAUUACUGGGUCAAAUGUUUGGCCAAAGAGAUACCGCUAGCCUACUCGAUAUAAGGAUUGUAAAAGUUCCUAUGGAAACUCUUCGCCAGCGUUUAGCUCAUAUUCCAUACAUAGCAAAUUAUCCUUGGUUAACAAAUCAAAUGCGAGUUCAAGCACAAGAAGACUUGAUGAAUGCCGCCUCCCAAUUACCAUUAAUUAUAAGAGAACGCGACACCGAAUAUCAGUUUUACAGGCUAGUCUUAUUUGAUAGACUCUUACAGGCGUAUCCGCUUACUCAGGAAGCAAUUAUUGAGGAAGCACACAAAGACAUACCACCUCCAGUAAGGGGUGCGGUGUGGGCGGCUUUGCUUGGUGUCACCGGCGAUAUAAAGAAACGUUAUGAUAUGAUCGACAAGGAGACACCCACUCACACUGAUCGACAGAUAGAGGUGGAUAUCCCGAGAUGUCAUCAAUAUAGCGAAUUAUUAUCAUCUGAAGCUGGGCACGAACGAUUGCAGAGAUUAUUAAAGGCAUGGGUCAGGAAUAAUCCGCAUUAUGUUUAUUGGCAGGGACUUGAUUCGCUGACAGCGCCUUUUCUUUAUUUAAAUUUUAAUAACGAAGCUCGAGCAUUCGCAUGUCUUUCUGCCUUUAUACCGAAAUAUCUUCACAAAUUCUUUUUAAAAGACAAUUCGGCAGUGAUACAGGAAUACCUGGGCAAGUUUUCUCAAAUCAUUGCAUUUCAUGAUCCCCAGUUGGCAAAUCAUUUAAAAUCUAUAAAUUUUGUACCAGAACUCUUUGCAAUACCAUGGUUCCUUACAAUGUUUUCACAUGUAUUUCCAUUGCAUAAAAUAUUACAUCUAUGGGAUAAACUAUUACUGGGCGACUCGUCAUUUCCUCUUUUGGUCGGAUUGGCAAUAUUGAAACAAUUGAGAGAUUCCUUAUUGAUGUCGGGUUUCAAUGAGUGUAUUCUCCUGUUCUCCGAUUUGCCCGAGAUCGAUAUAGAACUAUGUGUUAAAGAUUCCAUGACGAUGUAUCAAAAUACACCUGUUAGCAUCACAUAUAGAAAACACCAAUAUAAUACAACAAAGACUCUAAUUGAUUUGCAGGAUGCAAACUGGAUUGAACCUGAAGCGGGUACUGAAAAAAUGCCAAGGAUAAAUGUAGAUGAUUUUUUAAAUCUCUACAACAACUCACCAAGCAAAAUUAUAGCGGUUGAUGUACGUAGCAAUAUACAAUUCGAAAGAGGCGCUAUUCUAGGCAGCAUUAAUAUCCCAUUUACGAGUGUACAAUUGUCUCAAACUCAUAUCGAGACACUCGGUCCUCAUGCAAAACCAUUGAUAGAUAAUAAAAAUAAUGUUGUUGUAAUUAUUGGACCACACGAUCAAAAUAAUGCACUGUUCGCAGAUUUUCUAGUAAAGUGCAAUGUUGUGGGAGUUUGCUCUCUGCAAGGCGGAAUUAACGCAUUACGAUCCAAAUCUCCAAACAUCAUAGUACCUGCUGCACGCUAAUUGAAUUACGUAAUUACAUUACUGUAUACAAGAUACUCAGAUUUAUUUCUCGAA